AUGACUUGGUCGGAUGUGCCAAUCUCGAUAGACCCGAUCAUUGCUGACAACGUUUUCAUUGGAAAUCUCUCUGCCGCUCUAUCAACCGAUGUACGCAAGAAACUUGGAAUAACGCACGUUCUUUCAGUCUGCACCGACUAUUCGUCCACAGACCACAACCACCUCACUAUACCCGUACAAGACUCAGAGUACGAAGAUCUCCUUAUACAUCUACCUCGGGGAUGCAGCUUCAUCCAAUCCGCUUUGGAUCAAGGGGGAAAGGUUUUAGUGCAUUGUGCCAUGGGCGUCUCAAGAAGCCCCACUAUGGUCUGUGCUUACCUAAUGUCCACCCAACGGCUAUCUGCUCAUGCAGCAAUACAAUACGUACGAAAACGUCGACCAAAGAUUCACCCUAAUUAUGGAUUCAUGAAGCAGUUGAUUGCUUUCGGCGAGUGCCGUUAUAAGCCCUCAUGCACAAACAGCGAGUAUAUCGCCUGGAAGCGCAGGCAAAAACGAGAAGUAUCUAAAUACCUCGACUUGAUCGCCGACACCGUACCCGUGAUACCAGAUCAAUUAUUCCUUAGUAGUGACUUCCCGGGAGAUUCUGACGCUGCCGAAUCACUUCUCUUGGACUUGGGCAUGACACAUGUACUUUCCAUCUCAUCUGCACAGCUCCCAAAGCCAGAUCUUCCCCUAUUCAACCACUGUUUUAUUAAUAUUCCAAAUAAUGGUCGCGAAGCUUUGUUGCUUGAGCUUCCGACAGCAUGUAAAUUUAUCGGCGAUGCCAUUACGGGCGGAGGCCAAGUGCUUGUUCAGUGCCGCGUUGAGCUCAGAGCUUGUAUCGUAGUUUGUGCCUAUUUUAUGUUCUCGCGUCAUGUAUCACCACGUCAAGCACUCGUACUUCUUGAAUCUGAACUUCCACUGUAUAACCCGACAGACACCUUCUACCGUCAUCUUGACCUUUUUGCGGCGUGCAAUUACGUCCCAACCCCCAACAACCCUCUUGUCCAAGCAUGGAUCUCAGGAGGCACGCAGGCCGGUAAACCUUCCUUAAACAAGAAAUCUACCACCAUGACCAAAAAUGCUACAUUGUCGCUUGCGACCACGACUAUGACACUUGCGACGGAGCCGAAGGUGUUCGAUUUUGCAGCGCUCAGCGAGGUGUUGGCACGGUUUCAGUCGACUUCGACGAGCGUGGGUGCUGCGCGCGCAUAG